CCUGGGUGGAGUGGAAAUAUAAGGGCGGGCGACGGGAAAUGGACCAUGGCUGCCGAACUUCACCGUCUGAUCCUCUUCUCAUCUCCUACUCAGAACAAAAGGCGUCGCAGUACUGCGCCCUCACCGUUGCCCUUCCUGGCUUGCCGUGCUGCCUCCUCUUCCCUAGGCGCUGUCCUCCAACGCAACCUCACAGCAGCAGCAGCCCCGCUCCGCCUCGCAGCAUCUCUUCCCUCCCUACUGACUCGCUCCCCACUUCUCCCACCAUCGACCACAAUGGUAGCCACUGCUACUGCCGACAAUUCUUGGCAGCCGGGAGAGAUUCCUUCAACCAUUGGAGCAUCUCUGCAGAGCUGGCUGCGACCCAAUCACCAGCCUCGUGUCCAUCACCAUCACCACAAGGGACAUGACGCCACCAAUGGCAACUCUUCCACCUCUGCCUCGUCCAACACCUCUGCCUCUGCAUCGUCAUCUUCCCUCUCCGCCUCCCAGCAACAACAAGACAAGGAAGCCAGGGCAGCCGUAAUCUCCGCAGAAGCAAGCGUAGGCAACGACCCUGCAGCAGCUCAAGCCACUCUCCCCGCUCCAGGGGUAGCCCUCACCUACCCAGGCAAAUGGGAUCAGCUCUCCGCCCAGGCCGAGCUAUACCUCUAUGCUGCCGCUACGCCCUACUUCCGUGGAGCACAUCUAGGUAACGUACAGAAUCCACUGCACAGCUCUGAUGUGGGAGCCUUUAGUGGCAUGUGGGAGCAGGCGUCCGGCAAAUCUACAGGCAAGGACAGCCAGGCAGAAAGCGGGGCUCACUCUAAGCGUUUCCCGGCUGAGCACAGGGCCACGAUUGGUACCGCCUUGCACAAAGAUGGGAAAGUCGGGUCCAUUAGAUGGGUUGCGGCAGAUCCCGAGUUCAAGGAGGUGAAACAGAACGAAGCAAAUGGUACUGCCAGCAGCAAUGGACAUGCACACGGGUCUGGAUGGCUGCGAUGGUUGACCGGAGCAUCAAGCUCGACGACGCCGGCCAAGUGCCUCAAUGUCCUCGAGAUUGGACGACCGGAAAUCACCAGGGAGGAGGAGGAGCGUGAGGAGAAGAUCGUCGUCCUUGCUGGAUACGGAGCUGGUAUCGCCUUCUUCUACAGAGUGAGUCAGCUACUCAAGGAUGAAUGCCUUUGCCUGGUCAGAACGGCAGACUGAUCUCUGUGAUCCCGACCUUUGCUCCGCCCACAGAACUUUGCUGCUCUCGCCGCCCGUCCCAACUCGCGCCUCUACGCUCUCGACUGGCUAGGAAUGGGGUCGCUCCUCCCGUCCCACAUUCCACGUUCCCUCCUCAGCCAUGCACUCAGAUAAGACGCGCGUGGAAGCCGCCGAAGGCUGGUUCGUUGAGA